GUGCGUGUUUGCAAAGGCCAAAAGAUUCAUGAAAGGCGACGGGAGGCGCUCCGCCUUGUGCGAAACCGUCGCGGAGGCGGCGGUCUAGCCAAACGAGGCUGAACGAUGCGAAAACAACUCCCCCUCAGCAACUUCAGCUCAAAGCUGCGCCUCAUUUCGUUUUCUUCUGCUAUCCUUCACACUCAUUAUUAACAUCACUGUCGCUUUACCCUUGUGCUGUUCACGCUCGUUUCACAACUUGCAUCACUGCCAGCGAUCAGAUCGUCUUACGAAAGUCUUACGCAGCUCCGCAACGAGCCAAGCGAGCGCUAGAGUUUCCAACUCGGUCACCUCUCUUGUUUACAGACAAACAAUCACGCUGCGAGGAGCCGAGACACCGACACACGGCUGGCCACAGGAACGAAAUUGGGGGUCAGGAUGCGGAUACCGCAGAGCUAUAUUCAGAAGUGCAAGGUCGUGGCACACGUCUUCCAGAUCCUGUUCAUCUUCGUCGGAGGAUGCAUAGCGAUUGCGGUGAUGACCAAGGAUGGCCCUACAGGCGGGGCUACAAGAUACUACUUUGCUUUGUGUUUCCUUACGAUCCCAGCCCUCAUAUACCUUGUAAUGGUCCCAAUGUGGAGACGAGCAGCCCGCUUUGCGAAUGCCUACGCCUUCCUUUCCGUCGACGCUCUCUACACACUCCUAUGGUUUGCCGCCUUCGUGUCGGUUGCUGCAUAUAAUGCCAAGGGCAUAAACGAAGGGGCGAAGGACCUAAAGAUCAAGGAGGGUGAGGGAAACUGCACAACCUUCAAGUAUGGCCCGGAAGACAAGUGCAAUCUCAGUCGAGCAAAUGUCGGACUGGGUGUGGUGGUAUUCAUCUUCUUCGGCAUCACAACAGCCAUAAGCUCCUACUAUCUCCACAAAUUCCGUAAAGACGGGGUUCUCCCGUAUGAGUCCAAGCAAAUCGACCCGCACCAUGCAUCGGGCGAAACGCACAAGGAUAAUGCUUGGUCAACCGAGAUGGAUCACCCAGGGGACUCGGAUGAUGAGGAUAGACAUACCGAGCGAGGAGGCAGGCAAGAGGAAGAUGAAUACGCAUUAUUGCACUCAACGGAGACGGACGACGGACGGCACCCUGGUAGGCCGCUUAGCUGGGGCGAAGACCGAUACGAUCGGCCACCGUAUCCAGGAUACGAAGACAACGCGAGCGCGUUAAGUCCGGGAGGAUAUGAAGAGUACAGAGGAGCUACUGAUGGAGCCAGUGCUCCUUAUACUGGAGGGCAAGGGUACAGUUUCAGGUGAUACAUAUUGGUUAUGGAGAGGGGAUGUAACAAGUAGUCGAUACCCGGACUAUGCUAUGUGCGCGUUGAUCUUGCAUACAUUGGCUCAUAUCCUUGGAGUUAGUUUGGGGUUUGUAGACAUUGGGCAUAACAUGGGUUUUCCUGGUAUUCACUAUUUGAAAGCUUUCAAUGCAUAAAGCAGUCAAACAGUGCUCCUCCCUCGAUACACCCGUACCUAGGUAGUCGCCGGGAGGUGACCUCGGGAACCCGAAUCUCUACCGGCGGCGGCGCCCUUCCAAAGACAACGUCCGCACAAUCUCCUUCACGGCCAGCAACAACGUUUUACGUGAUCCUGGGC